AUGGCAGAGGAUGUGCGCCAGCCGAUCAACAUCGACAGCCUGGAGCGGUGGCUCGCUGCACACUUUCCCGCUCUACAAUCACCGGUCGACGUCAAACAGUUUGGCUUCGGCCAGUCGAAUCCGACGUACAAAGUCACCGGGGCCGACGGAUUCACUUGCGUCUUGAGGAAGAAACCGCCAGGGAGCCUUGUAUCCAAGACGGCGCACCAGGUCGCCCGCGAAUUCCGCGUCCUCCGAGCACUCGAGUGCACCGACGUCCCUGUCCCAAAGGCGUACGUGCUGUGCGAAGAUGACACGGUCAUCGGCACGUCGUUUUACAUCAUGGAGUUCCUCGACGGACGAUUCCUCACGGAGCCUCAUCUGACUGGAGUCAGUCCAGAGGAGAGAACACAAUUAUGGCGCGAGGUUGUCCGAACCAUGGCAAAGCUGCACCGCCUAGAUUUCAACGCAUUAGGGCUCGGCGACUUCGGGCGCCAGGGAGGGUUCUAUGAUCGUCAGAUCAAGACUUUCACCGGCGUUUCCAACGCCCAGGCAGCCAUCGUCGACGUUGACACGGACGAAGCUGUCGGCCUCAUCCCCCACUGGGCCGAAAUGACGGCCUUUUUCCAGGACGGGUCCACGAAACCCGCCGACCGCGUUGCACUGAUCCACGGCGACUACAAGGUCGACAACCUGGUCUUCCACAAGACCGAGCCCAGGGUCAUUGGCAUCCUGGACUGGGAGAUGGCCACCAUCGGCCACCCGCUCGCCGACCUGGUGCUCUUGACCCUUCCAUGGACCGACCCCGUCAUGCGAGCGAUGAAUAUGGCAGCAAACGGGGGCAGGGACGAUUUCGCCCCGGGGGUGACAAGCGGGCUACCCAAGUUUGAAAGGGCUGUCAAGUGGUACGCCGAGGACACUGGCUACGAAGCCACCACGCAGGACCUGACAUGGGGCCUGGCAUUUGCGGCCAUGAGGAGUGCCGUCAUCAUGCAAGGCGUCAAGGCCAGGUAUUUUCAACGUCAGGCCAGCGGCAAGACCGCAUUCGUUUACAUCCACCAGCAACGGCCCUACGCCGACUUUGCCAUGGAUAUGAUUCGCAAGCUGCGCCAGACGUCGAAUGGUAGACCGAUGCUUUGA